GCGAGGAUAGGGAAAAUGGAAAAAGCUGUGGGUGUGGGUGUGAUUAGAGGAGUGAAUUGCUUUAUUAAACAAAUAUUUCUAAAACCUAGACCUAUGGCUAUUUUGUUUAAUAAAUAUUAAACAACAACAGAUGUUUCUAGCUUCUCUAGUGGCUUGUGAGUGAAAUGCUCGGAUCAAGAAAUAAAAUAUUCCUAGGUAAAGCUACAUUACGCAAGCGUGAAGCGAUAAUAUGUGGUAUUCGUACGAGACAUGAUUGGUUGCAUUAAUGAUUCUGAAGAUAAUGAAGAUACUAACUUAAAAUUUGGUUAACAAUGGCAGAUACUGAAAAGGCAUUUGCUUGUUCUUCAUCCGGUUGCAGUGUGAGUUUCACGAAUGAGGAUCAGUUGUUAGUGCAUAAGAAGAAACAUGAUAUGAUGUUAAAUUUGGGUAAUGGUUCUAAGAGUGCUGGUUUUGUAGCUGAUCAAACUCCCACACCAACACGUUUUAUCAGAAACUGUGAAGAAGUUGGUCUGUUUCAAGAUCUGCAAAAUGUAAAUCCUUUUGAGGAAACAUUUAGAAGAGCAGUGGAAUCUGGAAAUACUGGUACACUUUCAGUGUCAGAGGCUGGAAUUACAGAUGAUACUCUGCAUACUCCUCACAUAUUUCCUCAUAUAGCAGAUGUACUCGCCGGUAGCAAUCAAAUUCUUUCUGAAAGUAGUGUUCAGGAAUGUUCCAGCAGCAUUUCGAUUGCAGAAAAAGGUACAGAUGGAAGUACCAGCAUAGAUGCAGAGGUUUGUACCAAUGUAAAGCUUACAAGAUCAGAUGAACAGGACUUAUUAAAGAGUAAAGUAACAGUGGAAAAGAAUGAGACGCUUGUAGAAAAUAUUAUUAAUCAAGUUACAAGUACCCAAAUAGUACCAAGGGUGUUAGAAGAACAAGUCGGUCCACAAUUAUCAAUAAAUGGAGAGGAGGUACAGUUGCUAUUGAAAACAGCUGAUGGUAAACUAAUGCAACUAUCCGCGAUACCAGUAUGUGAGUCUAUUAACAUGAGUGUUGCACAAUCCUCAUUAAAACAACAAACUGUUGUGAUAAAAACUGAGCCACCUUUACAAUGUACUAAAAAGGUAGAGCUUAAGAAGCCAAUGAGCCCCUCAUUGUCCUUAGCAAAAAUGAAAUUGAAACAGGUGUUAAUAAAAAGCACAGCUUCGCAAAACAAUAAACCAAACGACAAUUCCGGGAAGCAUGAAACAAGCACCGCGAAAAAGGAGAAUCAAAACAAAACGGUAGACCAUAUGAAAAAGAAAGAGAUUCUCGAACGAAAUCGUGCGAGCUCCAUGAGAGCCAGAGCGAAAAGAAAAGCGUGGAUACAACAGCUCCAGAGGACAGUCGCGAACGUGAAUGAGACUAAUGUUGCUCUUCAAAUGGAAAUAAAGGUUUUACGUGCGGAAGUGGCUAAAUUGAAGGCUAUUCUAUUAGCCCAUAAAGAUUGUCCAGUUACAAAGGCGAUACAGAAAGGAAGUGGAAUAAUACUCGAACAAAAAGUGAUAUCGUUAACUCCAGAUCUGACUACCAGUUCAGCAACGCCAAUAGGACUUCCCAUAAAGAGAUCGAUUCCGUUCUCACCUUCUGAAGUUCCCAUAGCCUCCAAGAAGAAGUUGUCCUUGGCACCCACGAAGAACCCAGUUAUUUUCCCUAAAGUCGAUUGCAAUACGAACUUGACGAUUCCUAGCGCUACUUUAAUUAAGACUGUACCUACGCUUAAGAUUAUGGGAGUUAGUCAACUUCUAACGGAAAAGGAGGAGACUAAGCAGAUUCUAAUUGUACAAAAUCCAUCUAGGAAAAUGGAGACUUCUCCUAGACAAAUCAUUCAAAUAAAUCCGAAUUACGAGAUAGACCAUGGCUCGUCGAAAAGCACGGGAGUUUAAAAAUACCGCGUUGUACCCCUACGGAGAUCCGAAAUCUUUGCUCGAGCAUCGAUCGGCUGUUAAAUUUAUUUUCUCCAAAGGAAGGAAAGGAAUAACGUGGGGCGUGUAUAUAAUACAUUUUUUUAUUUAUUUACCGAAAUAAAGAGGAGUAUUUUGUAACAA